AAGAAAGAACUGUGCACUUUACUUUCUCAAAAGCCUGCUCCAAACCUAAUUGAUGUUGCAUAUCAAUACGCAGAAUACUGUUUCAGAUACUGGAUAUGGAAUAAACGAGAUCGGUGGCUGGCCACUAAUGAUGAUGAAAUUUCAUCAAAAAGAAAAAAAGAACGCAGACCACUAUAUCCUGAGGUUGAAGAAGCAUUAACAAUAUGCCUUUUAGGGGUUGAGAAAUUUGGUGAUGCUACAACUUACUGCGCUGAGGCGUGGAGUGCUGUUACAGAAACUACCGUUAAGAAUUGUUGGAGGAAAACCGGCAUCUUACCACUUGAUAACGAGACGUCAACUGUUAAUGAAUUGAACGUCGGCGACGAUUUUUGUUGGACAUCUCGUUAUCCCAAGAUUCCGUCUACUUUGUUACGGGAAAAUUUACCAUGCUAG